AUCAUGUGUAUUUGGAUGGGAGGGUUUGAGUGGAAGCAGAGCAAACACUCUGUGAAGAAUUGAAGUCAUGGCGGUGGCGGCGGUAUCGAAGGUGGUGCUGGGCUUGGUGGCUUUCUCCGUGUUUUGGGUGCUGGCCGUGUUUCCGGCGGUGCCAGUGCUGCCGAUUGGACGGACCGCAGGCGCGCUCCUCAGCGCAAUACUGAUGGUGCUCUUCGGCGUGAUGACGCCGGAGCAGGCCUUCGCCUCCAUCGACCUCCCGAUCCUCGCGCUUCUCUUCGGCACGAUGGUAGUCAGCGCCUAUCUGGAGCGCGCUGACCUCUUCGCCCACCUCGGCACGCUGCUUUCGUGGCGGAGCAGGGGCGGAAAAGACCUCCUAUUCCGCGUCUGCCUCGUCGCCGCCGUCUCCUCCGCCUUCUUCACCAACGACACCGCCUGCGUCGUCCUCACCGCCUUCGUCCUCAAGCUCGCCCGCCGCAACAACCUCCCGCCGCGGCCUUUCCUCCUCGCUCUCGCCUCCAGCGCCAACGUCGGCUCCACCGCCACCCCCAUCGGCAACCCCCAAAACCUUGUCAUCGCCUCCCUCAGCGGCAUCACCUUCGGCAGGUUCUUGCUCGGCCUCCUCCCCGCCAUGCUCCUCGGCGUCCUCGUCAACGCCUCUAUCCUCCUAAUCUUCUUCUUCAAGGAACUGUCCGUUGACAACAACAACGACGUCGAAUCCAACGUUAAUUCGGAGUCCGCAGCCGGAGAUCCAUUCGACGAGGAGGACGUCAUAGCCCACCGCUUCUUCCCCGCCACCAUGUCCCACGUCACCUCCGUGGAUUCCGACGACUGGAUCAGAACACUCCCGUCUCUUUCUCGCGACACAUCGCUCAACGAGACGUUGAGAAACAGAGCAGGCACGAGCGCAGAGAAUCCCGCAACGACGACCGAGUCAACAACGGCGGCGAACUCAACCCCGCCGCAAGAACCGGCAGCAGCAGCCGGAGACGGCAGCGAAGAGGCGGCGGCCAGACAAGGUCGAAGAAAGCGGGUGAGCCACAUGGUGAAGCGGUUCAAGAAGCACUACCUGUGGCGGACGUGCGUGUACCUAGUCACCGUCGGCAUGCUGGUGGCGCUGCUCAUGGGGCUCAACAUGGCGUGGACGGCGAUCACGGCCGCGCUCGUCCUCAUCGUCCUCGACUUCACCGACGCCCAACCGUGCCUCGAAAAGGUCUCCUACUCGCUCUUGAUCUUCUUCUGCGGGAUGUUCAUCACCGUCGACGGCUUCAACCGGACAGGAAUCCCCAGCGCCUUCUGGGACUUCAUAGAACCUCACGCUCGGGUCGAUAAACCCGGUGGAAUCGCGCUGCUCGCUCUCGUCGUCAUCUUCCUCUCCAACAUCGCCUCCAACGUACCGACAGUCCUGUUGCUCGGAGCUCGGGUGGCGGCGUCGGCGGCGAGAAUCUCUGCCGGCCAAGAAAGCAAGGCGUGGCUGAUUCUGGCGUGGGUGAGCACGGUGGCGGGGAACCUGACGCUGGUGGGAUCCGCGGCCAACUUGAUAGUGUGCGAGCAGGCUCAGCGAGUGAAGUCCAUUGGCUACACGCUCUCCUUCUUCGCGCAUCUCCCGUUCGGGUUCUUGUCGACGCUGGUCGUCACGGCCGUCGGGCUGUUGCUUAUCCGAGAGUAACCGGUAAAGAACCGAUCAUGGAAAGGAAAGGAUUACCGAAUAAAAUAUUCAUUUGGUUUGCUCGGGGAGCUUUCAAAAGAGAUUCUUAUUUCCUUGAAAAAUAAUAUUAAAUGGAAACUGAAUUAAAAAAUAUUAUUUUUCAUUAUCGAGAACUGUACCAAACUAAUUGAACUUAAAUAUUAGCCAUUUCUUCCCGUCGAAGCCAAAGGCAGGACGCGUGUCUCCGUUUCGCAUCCACGCAGCAGAAUUCGGAUCGAACACGUAGCGGACGCGCUGUUUAUUUCCGUGGAACCCCAAGCAGCAUCGCGGUCGGCAAAUGGAGCACGGAAACGGAAAAGAAAGCUCGACGAUGAAGAAGGGCUGGGUCGCCUUCUCGGCUUCCGUGGAAGAAGGCCUGCAGGACGCCAAGGCCUCAAUCGCAGGACUGGCGAAGAAAGCGACGGCCAGGAGCGAGGAAGAGGCGAGCCAGGCGGAUCUGGAGACGGCGAAGAAGCAGGUGGAAGCGGCAGAUGCAGCAGAGGAGAAGAAAAAGCAGGCCCAAACGUAGAUAUUUGGAUCUUCGAUCCUCUCCCCAUAGUAAACAAGAAAAGCUCUGUUCCUCUUGCUCUUCUGCUCUGUGCUGCGUGUAUUAGGUAGAUGAAGUAGACGUAGCAUGCUCAACGGAAGAGAAGACGAGUAGACAACCCAUGUCCAACAUAAAUCUUUUGUGUUUCUCAUUAACAUGUAUGAAUGAAAAAUCUUAUUUCAUUUCUGGA